AUGAAGCUCUCCCGACGACUACCACUGGCCGCCGUCGCCACGGCAUGGCUUGCAAGCGUCUGCCACGCCGAGCCGCUACCAUCCUCGUCCACACCACAUCAUGCCGCCGUGGACGAGCGUCCUCUCAUAUCGCGGCGCUCCCUCGCCACCGUACUACAACUAGUACCAGCAUGCGCUACGUCGUGCAUUGAAAAAGUCACAGACGGCCAGGCAUGCGCCGACGCGACGUGCCUGUGCGGCGACGUGACCAUUGAGAAGCAGCUCGCCGCGUGCGUCUCCUCGGCGUGCAGCACCGCCGAGGGCAUCGCCACCAAGAACCACACGCAGUCGGCGUGCGACCUCCCGCGGCGCGACCGCGCCACGCCCUUCAACGUCACCUCCAUCACGCUGUGCGCCGUCACCGGCGUCAUGGUCCUUGCGCGCCUCAUCUUCAAGGUCUGCUUCGGCUACGUCGGCAAGCUCGGCCUCGACGACCUCUUCAUCAUCGUCUCCAUCGCCGUGGGCCUGCCGUGCACAAUCAUCAACGGCGCGGGGCUCACGCGGCACGGCCUCGGCAAGGACGUGUGGACGCUCGCGCCCGACGUCGUCGAGACCUUUGGCCGCUUCUUCUACAUCCAGCAGAUCCUCUACCUCUUCCUCGUCACCACCAUCAAGCUGAGCCUGCUAUUCUUCUACCUCUCCAUAUUCCCCGGCCCGGGCGUCCGCCUCACGCUCUGGCUGACCAUGGCCGCCACGGCCCUCUUUGGCCUAACGUUUAUGCUCCUCUCUGUCUUCCAGUGCACGCCCAUCGAGUUCUACUGGCUACGGUACAUCCAGCCCGUCGACGGCCACUGCACCCGGAUCAACCUGCUGGGAUGGAUACAUGGCGGCGUCAGCGUCGCCAUUGACGUCUGGAUGAUUGGCAUACCGCUGUUCCAGAUCCGCAAGCUCGAGCUGCACUGGAAGAAAAAGGUCGGCGCGGCCAUCAUGUUUUUAACGGGCGCUUUUGUCACCGUCGUUUCGGCGCUGCGACUGCAGUCUCUCAUCUCUUUUGCCAAUUCCAUCAAUCCGACGUGGGAUGAAUGGCCCGUCGCACUGUGGUCGACGAUUGAAAUCAACGUCGGUCUGAUGUGCGCCUGCCUGCCGACGCUGCGGCUCAUACUCGUGCGAAUGUGGCCUCGCGUUUUUGGCAGCACGCUGCACUCGGCGUCUGAAAGGUCUGCCGUUUCCCACGCCACCAACACAAGCGUCUCUGCACGCAAGGCAAAGGCUCGCGUCGCCAGUGUAGAUACCGAAGCAUCACCUAUCAGCCCCCGCUUGAUGGAAGCCGACACGGCUUUUGAGCUUGAUGCCAAGUAUCCGACAUGGGAUGAACGUGAGGAUGACGACGAUUGCGACAGUCGCGAGGGGGCCUCGACGGCUUCAUUCGAAAACGACUGUCACGCCAAAUAG